CGGAGAUCGACGUGGAAAUCAAACGAAGCGGACAAGUGAACACGUUGCCUCAUAUGGUGAAAUAAAAUAGUUUCCAGAACGCUCAACCAUCGAAAUAUUUCUAAACACCCGCGUCAAUUGAGGGCGAGAAAGGCUGCAAUUAAUUUCACAACGACUCCCGGACGGCUUUUAAGUGAUUGGAGGACUUAUAUAAGGAACCGAUAAUGGCUGGAAGAAUUACAAUCAACGGCACCAGCCACGAAGUUAAUCUGGCUGCCCUGCCGGCGGAUAUCUCGCUGAACACUUUCAUCCGGGAGUACGCCGGACUGACGGGCACGAAGUUCAUGUGCCAGGAGGGCGGAUGCGGCGUCUGCGUCUGCACCCUGACUGGGAUUCAUCCGGAGACCGGAGAGCCGCGCACCUGGGCGGUCAACUCGUGCCUCACGCUGCUGAACACGUGCUUGGGCCUGGAGGUGACCACCUCGGAGGGAUUGGGCAACAAGCGGGUCGGCUACCAUGCCAUCCAGCAGCGACUGGCCAAGAUGAACGGCACCCAGUGCGGCUACUGCUCGCCGGGAAUCGUGAUGAACAUGUACGGGCUGCUGAAGUCAAAGGGCGGCAAGGUCACCAUGGAGGAGGUGGAGAACUCCUUUGGCGGCAACAUCUGCCGCUGCACUGGCUAUCGCCCCAUUCUCGAUGCCAUGAAGUCCUUCGCCGUGGACAGCAAUAUCCAGGUGCCUGCUGAGUGCAUCGACAUUGAGGACCUGAGCACCAAACAGUGUCCCAAGACGGGCCAAGCCUGCUCCGGCAGCUGCAAGAAGCAGCAGCCCAAGGGCAGCCAACUGUAUCCGGAUGGCAGCCGCUGGAGCUGGCCAGAGAGUCUGGGGGAACUCUUUGCCGCCCUGCAGGGAGCAGUCAAGGAGAAGCUGCCCUACAUGCUGGUGGCUGGAAACACGGCCCACGGCGUCUACAGACGUCGUCCGGACAUCAAGGCAUUCAUCGACGUUUCCGGCCUGGCGGAGAUCAAGGGUCACAAGCUGAGUGCGGAUAACUCCACCCUAACGCUCGGAGGAAAUCUGAGCCUCAGCGAAACCAUGGAGCUGUGCCGCCAACUGGAGAAGACGAAGGGCUUCGAGUACUUGGCUCAGGUGUGGCAACACCUCGAUUGGAUCGCCAAUGUUCCAGUGCGCAAUGCCGGCACCUUGGCGGGCAACCUGACCAUCAAGCACACCCACCCGGAGUUCCCCUCGGAUGUGUUCAUCGUCCUGGAGGCCCUAGAUGCCCAAGUGAUUGUCCAGGAGGCGGUGGACAAGCAGCAGACCGUGAGCCUGGCCAGCUACCUCGGCUCUUCCAUGGAGGGAAAGAUUAUCCGUGGUCUGGUGCUGCGCGCGUAUCCCAAGGAGCGGUUCGCAUUCGACUCCUACAAGAUUAUGCCCCGUGCCCAGAAUGCCCACGCCUAUGUGAAUGCCGCUUUCCUCGUGGAAUUCGCAGCAGACUCCACUGUGAAAGCAUCUCGAAUUUGUUUCGGUGGCAUCCAUCCCGAGUUCGUACAUGCCACAGCGAUUGAGAACUUGAUUCAGGGCAAGAAUCCCUUCCAGAACGGACUGGUGGAGAAGGCCUUUGGGCAGCUCUCCACCCUGCUCCAGCCCGAUGCCGUUCUGCCGGAUGCCUCGCCCGUCUACCGACGCAAGUUGGCCUGCGGUCUCUUCUACAAGUUCCUCUUGAAGGAAGCGGCUCAGCGAAAGCAGGGAUUGGGCAGUCGAUUCGCCACAGGCGGUUCCCUCCUGAAACGCCCGGUGUCAAGUGGCCAGCAGAGUUUCGAGACAUUCCAGGAGCACUACCCGGUGACCAAGGCGACGGAGAAGCACGAGGGUCUGAUCCAGUGCUCUGGCGAAGCCACCUACUCCAACGAUCUGCCCACCCAGCACAACCAGUUGUGGGCUGCGUUUGUCACCGCGAAGAAGGUGGGCGCCAAGGUCACCAAAGUGGAUACGCAGCCAGCUCUGGAUCUACCCGGCGUGGUGGCGUACCUCGAUGCCAAGGACAUUCCGGGACCCAACUACGUCGGCCCCAAGGUCAGGGACGCGUUCUUCUUCCCGCAGGACGAGCAACUGUUCGCCACGGGUCAAAUUUCGUUCUAUGGUCAGCCCGUGGGCAUGAUCCUAGCCAACUCCAAUUCGCUGGCCAAUCGGGCCGCAGAGCUGGUGAAACUGAGCUACGAGGGUGGAGCGGAAGAAGUACUGCCCACCUUGAAGGCGGUUCUAGAUAAAGUGGGAACCGAAGCUGGCAACAGCAAGCGGUUGGAGCAAGCCAUCAAGUCCACCAUCGAUGUGCUCCAGCUGGAGGAACCCUUCGACGUGAGCUCCUCCGGUCAGCUGGAUAUGGGUCUGCAGUACCACUACUACAUGGAACCGCAGACAACCGUGGUUGUGCCCUUCGAGGGCGGCCUGCAGGUGUACUCGGCCACCCAGUGGAUGGACCUAACCCAGGACACCAUCGCCAAUGUGCUGAACCUCAAGUCCAACGAAGUGCAGGUGAAGACGCGUCGCAUUGGAGGAGGAUAUGGAGGCAAGGCCACUAGAUGCAACGUGGCUGCCGCCGCUGCUGCUGUGGCUGCUCACAAGCUGAACAGACCCGUUAGGUUCGUCCAGUCGCUGGAGUCCAUCAUGACCAGUCUGGGCAAGCGCUGGGCAUUCCAUUGCGACUACGACUUCUUCGUUCAGAAAUCCGGAAAAAUCUCCGGAAUCACAAGUCGAUUCUACGAGGAUGCUGGAUAUCUAACCAACGAAUCGCCCAUAGGCCAUACCGUUCUGCUGUCCAAGAAUUGCUACGAGUUCAGCGACAACUACAAGCUGGAUGGCUACUUGGUCUGCACAGAUUCGCCGUCGAACACUCCGUGCCGUGCUCCUGGCUCCGUGGAAGGCAUUGCGAUGAUGGAAAACAUAAUCGAGCACAUCGCCUUCGAGACCGGACUGGAUCCGGCUGAUGUGCGUAUCGCCAAUUUGCUGCCCGCCCAUAAAAUGGGCGACAUGAUGCCGCGAUUCCUGGAGAGCACCAAGUACAGGGCACGCAGGGCGGAGAUCGCUGCCCACAACAAGGAGAACCGCUGGCGCAAGCGCGGAUUGGGUCUGUGCAUCAUGGAGUACCAGAUCGGUUACUUUGGACAGUACCCCGCCACGGUGGCUAUCUACCAUAGCGAUGGCACCGUCGUGGUCUCCCAUGGAGGCAUUGAAAUGGGCCAAGGCAUGAACACCAAAAUCUCGCAGGUGGUGGGCCACACCCUGGGCAUUCCCAUGGAACAGGUCCGCAUCGAGGCCAGCGACACCAUAAACGGAGCCAACUCCAUGGUCACCGGAGGAGCUGUGGGCAGUGAAACCCUCUGCUUUGCAGUGCGCAAGGCGUGCGAAACCCUAAACGAGCGAUUGAAGCCCGUGCGCGAGGAGGUGAAGCCCGAGAAUUGGCAGGAUCUCAUCAAGGAGGCCUACAACCGCAAGAUCAAUCUGAUUGCCAGCGAUCAGUGCAAGCAGGGCGACAUGGAUCCGUACUCCGUGUGCGGCCUCUGCCUCACCGAGGUGGAGUUGGAUGUGCUCACCGGCAACUACAUUGUGGGCCGCGUGGACAUCCUGGAGGACACUGGCGAGAGUCUGAAUCCCAAUGUGGACAUUGGCCAGAUCGAGGGCGCCUUCAUGAUGGGCUUGGGCUACUGGACCAGCGAACAGGUCAUUGCGGAUCCCAAGACGGGCGAGUGUCUCACGAAUCGCACCUGGACGUAUAAGCCGCCAGGAGCGAAGGACAUACCCACUGACCUGCGCAUCGAGCUGCUGCCCAAGAGUCCCAACAAGGCGGGCUUCAUGCGGUCCAAGGCUACCGGAGAGCCAGCCAUCUGUUUGUCCAUCGCAGUCGCGUUUGCCCUGCAGCAGGCGCUGCAAUCGGCUCGCGAUGACGCCGGCGUGGCCAAGUCGUGGGUUACCCUUACUGCCCCGAUGACGCCCGAGUACCUGGUCCUCCACGCGGGCACCGAACCCAGCCAGUUCAAGCUGAACUAGGAGGAGAAGAAGUCCCUGACCGUGGGAUGUGGCACGUGGCCGCGAUGGGAACGCUCCGAUAAGCACGCCAAGAUAACCUGCACUUACACCCCCACUUAACCUGGCGAAUACGCCGCCUGUAGCCUGUAGACUAGCCGACAUUGUGUUGUCUGCACAAUAAAUUAAAAACUUAGCCAACGCUUAA